AGGAGCAGGAGGAGGGGGAGGCAGGCAGGCGAAGUCGCAGCUUCUUGCCUUAGGGGGCUCGCUUGCCCUUUCGGAGCUCUUUUGGACGCCUUGAUUUGUUUGUUUUCGUCUCUCUCCCUCGCUCCCCUCCCGUCGUGGUCUGGCUUCUCUGCCCCUACCUUCCUCUGUUGUUAUUGUGUGUGUGUGUGUGUGUGUCUGUGUGUAACCGCUUCCUCGCCCGCUUUCUUCGUCUCGAUCUCUGUCCGGCUUGCAUUUGGGGGACUUAAACAAGCAAAAAGAGCGCGCGCGAGGAACAACAAGACGUUCUCUCUUUCCCACCCCGAGGCAGCGAAAGAGAGAGGGUGGGGGGAGGAGAAGCGUAAAAGAGGAGCCAAGAGGCAGCGAGCGAGGACCGGGUCGGGAAGCGAGACCCCAAGAAGCCGCGAGGACCGAUCAGCUGGGGAGGCAGAGUUGUGCGGUUUUCGAUCGCUGGCCGGAUAUUACCUCCCUCGCCUGCUGCCCCCUCCCUCUUCCCUUUUCUGGGUUUAAAUCCACCAUCCUCCGAGCGCCGAGAGCGCGUGAGAGAGAGACGGAAAAGUCCAUCCUUCGCAACUCCAGCCAUGGUGGGAAGGGCUCAGCCCGAUCGGAGACAAUUCCCGUUGGUCCUACUGAGACUGCUUUGCCUUCUCCCUACAGGGCUGCCGGUCCGCAGCGUGGAUUAUAACCGAGGCACUGACAACAUCACGGUGAGGCAGGGAGACACAGCUAUCCUCAGGUGUUUUAUAGAAGACAAAAGCUCCAAGGUGGCCUGGUUAAAUCGUUCUGGCAUCAUUUUUGCUGGUCAGGACAAGUGGUCUCUGGACCCCCGAGUAGAGCUCCAACAGCUUUCCCUUCUGGAAUACAGCCUCCGGAUCCAGAAAGUGGAUAUCUAUGAUGAAGGGUCAUAUACAUGCUCAGUGCAAACACUGCACCAUCCCAAGACUUCUCAAGUUUAUUUGAUUGUUCAAGUUCCACCAAAGAUCUCCAACAUCUCUUCAGAUGUCACUGUGAAUGAAGGAAGUAAUGUGACCUUGGUGUGCAUGGCGAAUGGACGUCCUGAACCUGUCAUCACCUGGAGGCACCUCACCCCAACAGGCAGGGAAUUUGAAGGUGAAGAAGAGUUCCUGGAGAUCCUGGGAAUAACACGAGAGCAGUCAGGCAAAUAUGAGUGCAAAGCUGCAAAUGAGGUUUCCACGGCUGAUGUCAAGCAAGUCCGGGUCACUGUGAAUUACCCGCCAACUAUCACGGAGUCCAAGAGCAAUGUAUCUGCUACAGGGCGGCCAGUUUCCCUUAAGUGUGCAGCCUCUGCUGUGCCUACGCCUGAUUUUGAAUGGUACAGAGAUGACACUAGGAUAAAUAGUGCCAAUGGUCUGGAGAUCAGGAGCAUAGGGAGCCAGUCCUUCCUGACAGUGACCAAUGUCACUGAAGAACAUUAUGGCAACUAUACCUGUGUCGCUACCAACAAACUGGGAAUCACAAAUGCUAGCCUAUUUCUUUACAGACCUGGUACAGGAAUUGCAGGCAAUGGAUCAAUGUGUCUGGCCGUACCACUGUGGCUGUUGGCAGCGUCUGUGUUCUGCCUACUCAGCAAAUGUUAAUAACAGCUGAAAUAAAAACCCAGCAACAUCAAGAACAACACACAAAGCAAAACAAAAAUGUCAUACAGGAGACAGAGCAACAAAGAGUGGGGGGAGGGAAAGGACAACUUCUUUCACAACUUUUGUGUGUGCCACAACAAAGGGGAGAAAUUUCAAUGAAAGAAGAAUCAGCCACAUUUAUUCUAACAACUGUCAAGUCACUGACCAUCUGGGAGUAUGGGAGACAGAUUAUUACACUAAGGAGGCUGGAUUCUUCUAAGGAUGCUGAGAUGCUGUAAAAAGAAACAAUGAAAUUUCACUUUAUUAUCUCCAUUCCCUCAUAUCAUUUUCUCCUCCCUCUUUCCUUUCCCUCCCUCCCUCCUUCAAGGAAAGAAAUGGCCUUUGCUUUGAUGUUGAUAGCCAUAAUCUUUUAAUUGGCUUGGUAAUUUCUUAAAGUGAUAUUUAGCUUUUUCAGAUACCUGUAAAGAAUGAUGCAGAGUUCUCUAGCAUACUGGUGUCCCAUGAAGAAACUCCGCACAGCCCUUACCUCACUGCCUCUCCCUUAGGCUGUCCCAUAUAUUUCUGGGUGUCUUAGCCCAUGAUGCUUUGAGGAUGAUAAAACUUAAAAAUUCUACUCAUCUGCCCUUUUGUUCUUGCCAGUCUCCCUGUCUCCCUCUCUUUCUGUCAUGUAUGUAUGCGUGCAUGUUUCUGUGUAUGUGUGCAUCUCUCUCUUUCUCUCUCUCUUUCUCUCUCUCAAAAGCAUGCAAAGAAAACAGUCCCUGUGUACAUAAACUCAUCCCUGUAGAUAAUGGCUUGCAUUGCACAUGAGGAUGACUGUUUCGCUUGGAUGUCAAUUCUGCGAGAUACACAAUGGUUUUUCCAAAAGAUUUUGCUUUGACUUCUUCCUGCAAUCCCAGUUUUAGAAUCUAAAAUUUAGAGCACAUCCUUAUUCUCCUGUUAAAUUUGGAGAGCAAUCAAGUGUAACCUGUUUGUUACCCUCAUUGCUCUUCAAUUUUUCUCUGUCUACCUAGCCUUAGAUAGGGCCAAAGAUUCUGAGCCUCAAGGAGUCUGCAGAUUCCAUUACCCUUGAGCAUGUUCACUCUUGACUGAAUGAGGAUCACAUAGUAACAAUUGUAGUUUUAAUAGUUCAUUUGUCCAAAUCCCCAUUCCAUUCACUGCAGAGAGAGGGAGUUGAAAAAUCAGCAAAAGUGGCUCAGUCUAGGCUAUGCAGGGUAUAACUGGAUCCAGACUUAGAGAAUUGAAGAUAAAUGUUUAAUGGGCUCCAGAUGUUCCAGGAAGCUAGAGAAACCUGGACAGGGUAGACAGCACAUGUUAGCAUACAUGUUGCAUAGUGGUAGAAUGGCAUAUAUAAGGCUCUGAGGUUUUGUCAUGGGACGAAGAGGAUGGUAGGUUACCAUUAUUGGUUGGAGAAGAGCAAUAAAGUAUAUCACUUAUAGCAGCGGUAGGCCAUAUACAAUCCUCAUCCCACACCAUCAGCUAUGCUGGUUAUGUCUAAUUGUACUUCAAGAACAUAUGAAUGGCCAUAUUUUGUCUAGCCCCAACGUAAACCAUUUGUAGUAUGGCUGUGUGUUGUGUAUGCCUGAUACUGAUCCUGCAAUUAUUUACUAUCUUUUACUUGCAUUAGUGGCCAUCUUUCCUAUGCUUGGACAGGGUCAUGUCAGGCAGUCCCCCUCACUGUGGGUGGUUUGUGAGAACACUUGUCACAGAAAGCAGCUAGCAUAAAAGGGGAAUAAAAAGACAAAUCUUUGAGUGAGAAGAAUAGCUAAUCUUUUGCCAUAAGGAUUUUUAUCUUGCAGCUGUUCUAAUGAAUUAACCUGUGGCUACAAUUAUUCUAACUAAGGAUGUAUGAAUCUCUAAAGUUCCUGCCUUCUUAAAAUCCAUAUUUGUAAAUUUAUAUUCUGGGCCAGCAGUCUUUUUUCUACAGAUUAAAAAAAAAUCAUAGAAAAUUUUGAAUGCAUACUUGCAACAUGUCAUAAUAUAUAGAGGCCUUAUAUGGAUUUCCCCAAAUUUAUGUAACUAUUAACGUAAAUUUUCGAAAACCUUUUUUAAAAUGUGAAUCACUGUGUUUCUUUCCUUGACAGUUAAAUUCCCUAAUGCAGAGUUUUAAACUACAGAGUUUUCUGAAGUAAUCUCUUAAAAAACCCUACUGCUGUCUAUAUGUACUUUAAGUAAUGUGCUUUUUUUGAGAAUUUUUGUAGGAAGGCAAAAGCUAGCAGAAUUUUGAGCCUAGUUUUAAUCCUACUAUAAAGUGUGAUGGGAAUGGAAAAUUCAAAUUCACUUUUGGAAUUGGUGUUGUAAUGUUUUUCUCUCCCUAACACUGACCCCUGUGCCUGGUCAAUUUUCACAAGGAAGUUAUUUUCUUCCUUUAAUAAGGUAGUGGGAAAACCUGUCCCAACCUCAGGAUGGUGAAUUAUACCCUACACGACAUGCAUAACCAUCAUACAGCAACAAUACAAGCUUGCUUAUAACUAUGCUAAAGUAAAUGUAAUUUUGCAACAAUAAAAAAAUUAACGU